AGCAGGGUCCUUCAGAACCGCCGUCCCCACGUGAGUUUAUCGGCAUGAUUGCAGCAUGUAAACUAAACUAACUGCUUCCAGAGUUUUGUCGUGCUUUCAUCUACAUUUAUUAGUUUAAUCCGGAUUAAACACCAGUGGGGUUACUAACUACGUCAGGGACCACCAUGGCAACAUUUCGGAAAAAGAUAGAUAACAGGAUCCGUGUCCAGAUAGAUAAUGGCGUUUCCGAGCAACACCGCACCAUGUUCGUGGUGGUCGGGGACCAUGGCAGAGACCAGGUUGUCAUCCUGCACCACAUGCUGUCCAAAGCCGCAGUCAGAGCCAGACCAUCUGUCCUCUGGUGCUAUAAGAAAGAGCUGGGCUUCAGCAGCAACCGAAAGAAGCGCAUGCGUCAGCUCCAGAAGAAGAUCAAGACCGGCACUCUGAACAUUAAGCAAGACGACCCCUUUGAGCUGUUUGUCGCUGCCACUAACAUCCGCUACUGCUACUACAACGAGACACACAAGAUUCUUGGAAACACUUACGGCAUGUGCGUCCUGCAGGACUUUGAGGCUCUCACUCCCAAUCUCCUGGCUCGAACUGUGGAGACUGUGGAAGGAGGAGGGAUCGUGGUAAUUCUUCUCAGGACGGUCAACUCACUCAAGCAGCUGUACACAAUGACUAUGGAUGUUCAUUCUCGCUACAGGACCGAGGCCCAUCAGGACGUGGUGGGAAGGUUCAAUGAGAGGUUCAUCCUAUCUCUGUCGUCCUGUAAGACGUGCGUUGUCAUUGACGACCAGCUCAACGUCCUGCCCAUCUCCAGCCACAUUGCCAACAUCAAGCCUGUUCCUCCCAAGACUCAGGAGGACAGUCUUUCGCCACGGGAACAGGAGCUGAUUGAGUUAAAGGAGUCUCUACAGGACACGCAGCCUGUUGGUGUGCUGGUGGACAGCUGCAAGACCAUGGAUCAGGCCAAGGCGGUGCUGAAGUUCAUUGAGGCCAUCUCAGAGAAGACCCUGCGGAGCACUGUGGCUCUGACUGCAGCUAGAGGCAGGGGCAAGUCUGCAGCACUGGGACUGGCUGUGGCUGGGGCUGUGGCAUUUGGCUACUCCAACAUCUUCAUCACCUCCCCCAGCCCAGACAACCUGCACACUCUGUUUGAAUUCAUCUUCAAAGGCUUCGAUGCCCUUCAAUACCAGGAGCACCUGGACUAUGAGAUCAUCCAGUCUCUGAACCCUGAGUUCAGCAAGGCUGUGGUUAGAGUCAACAUCUUUAAGGAGCAUAGACAGACUAUUCAGUACAUCCACCCGGCUGAUUCAGUGAAGCUGGGUCAGGCUGAGCUGCUGGUGAUAGAUGAAGCUGCAGCCAUCCCCCUUCCUCUGGUCAAGAAGCUGCUCGGACCAUACCUGGUCUUCAUGGCCUCCACCAUCAACGGGUAUGAGGGCACAGGUCGUUCUCUCUCCCUGAAGUUGAUCCAACAGUUGAGGCAGCAGAGUUCAGAGAGCCAGCAGAGUCUGUCAGCAGAGAACAGGAGCACCAAUACAGCCAGGCUAAAUGCAGCUCGCUCCCUCCAAGAGGUGUCCCUCCAUGAGUCCAUCCGUUAUGCCAUGGGAGACCCUGUAGAGAAGUGGCUCAACGAGCUGCUGUGUCUGGACUGUCUAAACAUCCCCAGAGUCAUCUCUGGCUGCCCCCUGCCACAGACCUGUGACCUAUACUAUGUGAACAGAGACACACUGUUCUGCUACCACAAGGCAUCUGAAGCCUUCCUACAGAGACUCAUGGCUCUCUAUGUGGCUUCGCACUACAAGAACUCUCCCAACGACCUGCAGAUGUUGUCAGAUGCCCCGGCACAUCACCUCUUCUGCCUACUGCCUCCUGUUCCUCCCACACAGAACUCACUGCCAGAGGUCCUGGCUGUCAUACAGGUGUGUCUGGAAGGAGAGAUCUCUCGUCAGUCCAUCCUCAACAGUCUGUCCAGAGGAAAGAAGGCUUCCGGUGACCUCAUCCCCUGGACCGUGUCAGAGCAGUUCCAAGACCCCGAGUUUGGCAGUCUGUCUGGAGGCAGGGUGGUGCGCAUUGCUGUCAACCCUGACUAUCAGGGGAUGGGUUAUGGCUCCAGAGCACUGCAACAGUUACAGCUGUACUACGAGGGUCAGUUCCCCUACAUGGAUGAGAACGCACAGACCGCUAACAGCCAGAUCACCUCUGUCACCAGCGAGGCGGUGAGCCUCCUAGAAGAGGUGUUGCACCCUAGGAAGGACCUCCCUCCUCUGCUUCUGAAGCUGAGUGAGAGGAGGGCUGAGAGACUAGAAUACCUGGGAGUAUCCUAUGGCCUCACACCUCCGCUGCUCAAGUUUUGGAAGAAAGCGGGUUUUGUCCCUGUCUAUUUGCGGCAAACCCCUAACGACCUGACGGGGGAGCACUCGUUGGUGAUGUUGAAGGAGCUCAACACAGUGGAGGCUCCUGAACAGGGCCAGUGGCUGUCUGCCUUCUGGAAAGAUUUCCGUCGGCGCUUCCUGUCUCUGCUCUCCUACCAGUUCAGCAGCUUCUCUCCCAGUAUGGCCCUCAACAUCCUGCAGAACAAGAGCACCACCAAGACGGAUGCCAGCUCCGCCCUGAGCAGUUCUGAGCUGUCUGGUCAGUUCAGCCCCUAUGAUCUGAAGCGUCUGGAGAUGUACUCUAGGAACAUGGUGGACUACCACCUCAUCAUGGACCUCAUCCCUGCCGUGGCACGCAUGUUCUUCCUCAAACAGCUGGGAGACGUGACCCUGUCCGCCGCACAGUGUGCUCUGUUGCUAGGUGUGGGGCUGCAGCAUAAAUCAGUGGACCAGCUGGAGAAGGAGAUUGACCUUCCCAGCUCUCAGCUCAUGGGACUGUUCAACCGCCUCAUCAGGAAAGUAGUGCAGUUCUUCAACAGAAUCCAGGAGAAGGCCAUUGAGGCAGAGAUGGUUGUAUCUAAAGACAUCUCCAUGGAGCCCACGGUCAAAACCCUCAAUGAUGAUCUAGAUGAGGCAGCCAAAGAGUUCCAGGAGAAACACAAACAGGACAUGGAGAAGGUCAAGGAGAUGGACCUGCAACAGUACCUGAUCCGAGGAGAUGACGAGGAAUGGGACCAGGUGUUGAAGAAAGCAGGACAGACAGCUGUUGUCAGCAUAAAGAGUGACAAGAAGAGGAAGUAUGAGCAGCCGAGGCCAGACAAAAACGAGGGAGGAGAUACACGACAUGGCAAACUGAAGAAAACGAAGAAGGGAGGAGGCAAGGAGAAGAAAAAGUUUGAAAAGAGGCCAUUAUAGUGUAAAUUAUAGUCGUUUUUAUAUUCGCUUAAAUAUUUUAUUAGAAAUGUAGGUUUUUUUUUCAGAUCCACUUUACUAAGUUUCAUAACAUUUAAUUUAGUUUUUAUAUAAUUUAGUUUGUCUUGUGGACAGAAAUAAUCCUUUGCAUUGAAGGCUGCGAGACGGGUUGUAUAGUGUUUGUGUUUUUUGGGAUGUCACUUGUCACUGGGGCAGCAAUGCACAAACUGCAGGGUCAGGUCUUUGGGUUUAAAGGUAGAUUCAGCAAGAUCCCAUAGAUGCACGAAGUAAACCAUGGUAAUGGGUCAAUUUCCGCAACAACCAGGAGCGCUGAAGCGUGAGCUUUCUCCUCUGUAUUGUUCCCGUAGUUACCCGUGCGCAUGCCGCAGAUACUCUGUUCAACUGUGAGGGCAGUCUUGCAUCAUGCUCAUCUGAAUGGGGGCGUUCGAGCAGCCGCUUUGCAUUUCGGGGUUGAAGUUGUCCGACUUGCACCGAAUUGUUAAUUGCAUGAACUUUACAAGAAUCAUGGAGUUUUGACUGCAAGUUUCUGCAGUUUCUCUAAAUGGAUCCUGUAGUCGCCGCCUGCAUUGUGGGAAGUUCUAUUGUCAACCAAUCAUUAGGGUGUUUUUGUUUGACCAAUUUGCCAAUAGAGAGAGAUUAAAUAUAUACAUUAUAUUCUCCAAAAUGUUUUAUUUAAGGCUCUCACUAAUUGAUUGUACAAUGUGUACACAUACUUAUUGCUGUGUGUGUGAUAUGGGGGUUCAAAAUGUGUUCAUCUCGACAUUAUAAAAAAGCCUUUUAUAAACACUGCAAUGUUGAUCAAACCUUGCUGUUGGAAAACCAGUGUCUGACUUUAGGCUGUCGCAGAUGCACCUCCCCCGUCUACUGUCGGUUGCCUCUGCCUAACCACUCAAACACGCCCAUCAUAUCUGCGGUGCUGCUCGAUCACGCUGAAUCUACUUUUAUAAUUUAAAGUCGGUCUAAAUAUGACCUGCCAGAUCCAGACACAUUAGAAAAGAACAAAACAUUAACACCCCAUUAGAUAUUUUCCCCAAAAAACAAUUUGACUUAUGUUCAGUUUGUUUAAUUAUUUCAGUUUAAACAGUUUUUUCAUUUAUUUUAGUGUACAGCAGUAGGACUGUGCUGUGUCACCUUUCUCUGUGCCUAGCCCUGUACCCAAGGGUUCGAUGGAAUGGGACAGAGUACCAUCCAUAGUGAAAAUGAGAAACUAUUAGACUUUAUGUACCCACCACCUGAGGAUAGGAGACAGCAUACAGUGGUGACAGUUCCACCCAUAGAAAUAGAAUAAUUAUUUGCUAUGGUUCCACCACCUGCCUUUUCCUGUACCACUGUAACCGGCUCAUUUAAUCCAAUACCAACAAUAUAUGGAGUUGCUUACAUUCAGAUGAGUUGGAGUCUGCAAGGGUCAACAUACUUCAAGAUGAUUCAUUGAAUGAUGAGCAUACAUUUGACUUUUUGUAUAAUUUGACCAUUGUCACCUAGCCUCGAUCUUCAGUGAAUGGAAAACGUGCCUGUUGUCUGUUCUAGUAUUUGUUUGCGGAGAAUGAGUUUCACAUGGAAAGUAAAGUAGCCAACCUUUCUACUUACUGGGAGACAAGUACAAAUAACUUAAAGCAGCAUGAUGUAUGUUUUAUUGAUUAACUACUUUACCAAUACAAAAUGUCUCCCUUUUGGAAAUGA